CCUCUCUCUUGUUCUUGCGUCGUUCCACAGUCCUCCCACUUGGCAGUUAUCAGGCUUUUUGUGAUACUUCCCUCGAGGCUUCGAUGACUGGCGCGCAACUGGAGCGAGGUGGCAGUCCAACGAAGGCGCCGCCGCGCCUGACCGCUCACCCUCGCGGUUCUCGGCUGCUAACUCUUCGGGCCGCUUUCUCAUCUGUUCUGCUGCUGCUGCUCGGUUUCCUCGCAAUCUCUGCCGUUGGUACUAGCACUGGAGGGAACCCUCAACCCAUCUUUCUGGACUCAAUUUCAUACACGACCUUGACGACGGAUUGCAACUAUCUCGACCAGUACUUUUACGGCACUCAACUCAUCCACAAGAGCCGGCUCGACAUUUGUGGCAACACGUUCACGGAAACGCUGUUCUACCACACCGAAUGCUAUGGAGCGCCAGUCUUUUCGCUGAAGACGUCUGGAUACAUUUAUCAGACGGGCUUUGAGCUGGAUGCCGGCAACUUCCAACUUGCUUUGAGCAGCCUGACAGUGAACGCCAGCUCGGCAGCUGGAUUGCGUGCUGUCCAAGACUAUUGCAACGUUUCUAGCGGCUACAAGCAAGUCGUCGAUGUUUCCACCACGGGUUGCCCAGGUCUCGGUAUUGCACCGCUUUCAGACUGCCCCAUGAGGUUUGUGUCAAUCUCCUCGUACGACGUAGCCACCGUCAGCCACUUGCUCCUGUCGGCCGAGCCCUUUGUUCUCGCGUCUUGCUCCCUGCCAUACACGAGCUCUUCGGUUCAUGGACGCGAGGCUUACACCUCGAAUUAUGACGUCUGCCCCUAUCCGAGCGAUGGACCGUUCAACGUCUUCAAAUCAAUGGCCUCGUUGAAGUACGCUACUGAGGGCGAUGCCGUAUCUGCAACUAUUCGACGUUGGUCUGGUCCUGUGGACAUCCCGUUCGAGAUCAACUGCACCGUCUCGGAGGAGGAGACCACUGCGGCUCCCGGCGACUAUGUUGUUCUUUCGAGCCUCGUUCUGUCGUUUGGCAGCGGUGUUCUGUCUCAGGAUGUCUCUGUGAGCUUUCCGCAAAAUGCCGCCCCAGCCAUGACCCGUAAAUUGGUUCUUGAGUGCGCGAGCUCAGCCGCAACUGUGCAUGCAGCCUCUGGGUCCUCUGAGCGCAUCGAAAUUGUUCUCUUCGACGAUGAUACCGAUCUCUUCUCCUUUGCUACACCGUCGGUCAACAGUUACCCCGACCGGGCUGGAUCCGUCCUUGUGGAGCGCACGCCAGCCUCGCCUGAAAGCGGCACUGUUCAGUACUACUUUGUGCUGGAUGACAUUGCUCCGGAGGACUUUUCCGACUCGUUCCCGCUUUCUGGCGAGAUUGAGUUUGGCCCGGGACAAGAGUCAUUCCUAUUUGAGCUGCCGAUGCCGGCGUAUAACUUUGACGCACAUGCGCCCUACAUUUACUCGAUGCACCUCAAUGCAUCGGCGAACUCGGUUGGAACGCAUUCUGUCCUCGAGGUAUCGGUUGGUGGCGCCUAUGAUCCUGGCACGCCCUACUUCCAGAACGUGGACCACCCACUCGUGCUUGGAGAGACAAUUUACAUCUCCAGCAGUUUCGACUCUGAGUUUAGCUUCUUUCAACCUUUUACCUGCAAGUGGCGUCUCUCGGACGACUCCUGGACUGGCGCGCCUGCCUCUGAAACGUUCGAAGUCGUCAGCGGCAUCUUCAGCUGGGAAUACUCGUACAGCUCGCCUGCUGUGACAUUGGUCGUUCUCCCAGCUGAAACUACUCUCUCGAAGCAUUUCCAGCUAGUGCCGUUUGACUGCCUGGGCAGUUCUGUGAGCGACGGGUCCGACGGCGUCCAAGUUGCCAUCCAAUAUCAAGGCCUCGUGCCUUCCAUUCGGCUGCUCGCUGACAACUACCAAGCAUCCGUCUGGGAAGGAAGCAUCCAGGUGAAUGUGGCGCUGUCCUCGGCACUUGAGGAGGAUGCCACAUUCCCUUGGGAAAUUGUGCCUGACACAGCAGUGGCCGACGAGGAUUACUCGCCUGCGAAUGGCCUCAUCCUUUUCAGUGCUGGAUCAACUGAGGCGACUGUCGAGAUCACCCUGCCACCCAACAGCUCCCCGUCGUAUGGGAAGAGCUUCACCUUCCGGCUGAUGACCGAGGACCCUUCGUUUGCUGUUGUUGCCAUCGAUCUUCCGAACGCCAUGCUGGUCGAAAUCUACGCGCACGAUAAUCCUGACGGCGAGUUUACGUUUUCCAACGUCACAGCCCAAACGAUUCCGGAGGGCCAGUCAUGGUCAGUCGAGCUGGUGCGUUCGGUCAACUGGACCCUUCCUGUCGAAAUCGUGUUGGACGAUCAUUUCCACGAGCGCCGCAAAGACUCCACUUCUGCCUCUACUACGCGGUCCAACCGUGGUCCUCGGUCAACCCGCAACGUGCCGCAGCCUGGUCGAGCGUCACGUCCAAAUGGUGAACUCGAACCGACGCUUGGUCGCAAAGCAUCCUUGAGAACUCGCCGUGAUCGUGACGUUGUCGAAGAAGACGCUCGUCUGCAGCUGAGCCCAAACCCUGUGGUCUUUCUGCCAGGCGAAACGACAAAGACGAUCACAAUCACUGCGCUCGACGAUGACCGGCCCGAGUGGGACGAAUACUACCCUGUCUACAUGCAAACGUUCUCAAUCGACACGGUAGGGGCGGCUGCCUCACCCGAGCAGGAAAUUCUGGUCCUCGUGCCCGAGAAUGACGACCCCCACGGCACAUUCACGAUUGAGCAAGGUGUCUCAACUCCAGUCGGAACGUUCCUUGCGAUCAACCUGCACCGAGACGGCCAAAUGCCCUCAAACGGAGUCGGCUACAAUGUCUACUAUGAGAUUAUUCCAAUGACUGCACUGCCUGGUGUGGACUACCUCGUGCCGGAGAAUAAUUAUACGGUCUUUGACGGAAACGUCUGGAGCCUUGACACGUCGAUCCAAAUCCAAAUCCUCGACACUGGUCUGCCUGCGCAAGACAAGUUUUUCGAAGUCCGACUUUUGAGCAUCGAGUGCCCAUGUGUCAAUCCAGUCAUCUUUCCUCACAUCAGCCAAGUGGCCAACUCGACAGUGGUGCGCAUUGAGGCUCAAAAUGGUGCCAACGGCCACUUUGCGUUUGACGAUUUCUCCCCUCGCGCAAUCAACGUUACGGAGGGCGGCGUUUCACUGACUGUCGUGCGUACCGAUGCACUCUACGGCGCGUGCAAUUUGACAAUCAGCAGCACAGGCCAAGCUUCGCUCGGCUACGACUUUACGAGCGAUCCCAUCCAGUUUGUGGAUGGGCAGGCCACUUCCACACUGUAUUUGCAGUUCAUCCCGCAGAUGGACCCCGUGAUAACGCGAACGGCAGAGGUCUAUUUGAGUGGUUCCUGCAGCGGCGCGACCCUUGACUCGACUCCCGUGACCAUCAUCUUCCCGGUUGCCAACAACCCGUUUGGUGUGUUUCAAAUCGAACAGCGAGAUUACCCGUUCGAGACGUUCGGCUCUUAUGACAUUGCUGUCACACGAGCAUGGACCAGUCUUGGCGCUGUGCAGAUCAACUAUGAAAUAUUUGAUUCUGAGGGCGAAUCGCCUUCUGACAUCCAGGACAACUCUGGCGGUUCGAUCACUAUGGAACCUUACCAGUCGUACGCCUACAUUAGCUUUCAAUACGUUGAUGUCAGCGCAUCCCAACCCCGCCGGACCUUUUUUGUGAACAUCACCUCGAUUACCAAAACCGACGAUCCCGACCCAGAACCAUUGUCUGCUCCAGUGAUUGGUGUUGGACUGGGCCAGUAUUGGCUCGCGCCCACCGGAACUGCUGGUGGUGACUUUGUUCUGCAGCAAAUUUCCCCGCUUGAUCUUGUGAAGGGUGGACCGCCUCAGCCUUUCCGAGUCGACCGGCUCAACUCUGCGUCUGGCAACGUGACCGUCUACCUGUACUUCUACUCACCUGUACCAUUCAUCCUGACUGACCAACUGCUGUUUGUGGAUGGUGAGACCACCAAGACGGGCUAUAUUCAAGCGGUCGAUGAUGGCAGGGACUCGAACGCCGUCGCCGAGAGUCUGAGCAUUGACCAUAUCGACGGCAUCGCCACCUCGUACACGAGUGACACUCUGAAUGUGACGAUCGCGCGUGAUGGCUUCCCCGGUGGCACCUUCUUCAUUGCGCCCGUUUCGCAGAACAUGACCGUUGACCGCUUGGCGCCUGUGGACCUACUCAUUCUGCGAGCUGGCGACCGUGCAGGAGAGGUCAAGGUCUGGCUGAACGUAGUUGGCACUGGCGACGAGCAUACCGCUGCUUUCGAUACAGACUAUACCCUCGCCCCCAAUCCUGUGACCUUGGCCCCGUUCCAGGCCGCGGGCGUGGUCACCCUUUCCUGGCCCAUUUCCGAAUCACCAAUGCCGUACCAAAACAUUCAACUUGGCAUCGUCAGUUUGACCUCCGCUGACUCGGAGCUGAGUCCCACGUACCUCGAGUCGGCCACGGCGAUGCUUACCGUCCUGCCCGACGAGUAUGCAAAUGGUCUGUUUGCGUUCGAUCUCGAGUUCGUGUCGCAAAGCGUUUCCUCGUCCGGCGACGUGACCUUCACCAUCUUUCGUUCAGUCAGCACUGUGGGCGCAGUCUACGUGACGAUCCUCCCAGAGGCUGAUUCGGAGUUUCCCGAGCCAGCUGUGUUUGGUGAGGAUGUCAUUGGCCCCGAAAACCCCAUCAUUGUGACCUUCGCUGAUGGUCAGCAGGUCGGAGAGUUUACUGUCACUGCUGUCAUGGACUCUACGCCCCAAGUCGCCAAGCGCAUUCUGUUCCGAAUUGCGAACGUGACGUCUGCAGACGGUUUGCUCAUCAAUGCCGGAAUUGACUCGGACGUGUAUCAAGCGACUUUGGACCUGGAGGCGCAUGACUACCCGCACGGUGUGUUUGGAUUCCUGGACGCGAUUGUUCAUGUGGAUCCUUUCAAUUCAACCAUCCUGACACUGACAAUCAAACGUGACGGUGGUUCAAUUGGCGGGGUUCGCGCUCGCGUCUCAACCGCGACUGCGACUUUUGGCGAGCUCGCCGACCCGAACACCGACUUUGUUUCGGUCGACGGCAUGCUCGUUGAGUUCGCCGACGGCCAAACGGAGGCCCAGGCGCAAAUCACGCUGCUCGAAAAUCCCGAGCCGCACCCCGAUUUGAACUUCCUCGUCGUGAUUGACGACGUCACGCUCAAGCCCGCUCUGCCCUUUUCUGGCGCGGUACCUGAGCUAAACGAGACCGCGUCUUCGGUGCAGGUUGUGAUCCGAUAUCACGAUCUCGAGUCUGGAACCUUCCAGUUCAGUGUCACAUCUGCCAGUGUGAACACUGGAAGCGGAUUCUGGCUCGAUAUCGAUCGCAUUGGUGAGGACAAUGGUGACGUUGUCCUGCAGAUCACGCCUGAUUUACUUUCUGAGCAGUAUCCGUUGGACUUGACGAACAAUCUCCCCUCGUUCUUGGCGCCCAUGACGGUCUCAUUUGCUGAUGCACAACUCAAGCAGUCCAUCUACUUGUCGACGCUGUCGUCCAUCGCACCAUCAGUCGAUUCCAGUGUGUCCCUCAUCCUGACCGUGCUAUCGCACCAGUACGACAAUGCAGCGAUCGGUACCAAUUCGAUUUUCAAAUUCACGGUCCUCGCUCACGACGACCCGCAUGGAACGAUUGGGUUCAACCCCUCCGAGUACACAGGCCCUGAAGGCACGAUGGUGGCAGUGCGCCUCGAGCGGUUUGGCGGCCUCAUCGGUGCCGUGACCGCGUCGUUUACCGUCUCCUUCGACGGCGCAAGCGCGGCUGAUAUCCAAGUCAGUCCAGCGACUUCUGUGACUUUUGCAGACGGAGAAAGUGAACAGUUCAUCAACGUGACCAUCGUGGACGACCACAUCCCCGAAGAACUCGAAGUGCUCCAGAUCACCAUCUCUGACUUGGUGGUGGACCUGGAGAGCACUGGCGCCACUCCGCACUAUGGGCAGCUCUCGAGCCAGAUCACCAUCCCCGACAACGACCAGGGCGAAUACGGGACUGUAUUCUUUGCGUCAGAGCUCGUUCUCGCUGAAGAAGGAGCCUCAGCUGUCGUUACAGUCACUCGCGUGAACGGUUCCUAUGGUGCGGUCGCAGUGGCCCUCAGUGCGUCAGGCAAUGCCGAAUCGCCCAGUGACUACACUUUAUCGUCGUAUCUGGUGUCGUUUGCUGAUGGGGAAGUCUCCCAGAAUGUGACCAUCGACAUUAUCGCUGAUGGCAUCCCAGAGCUGCAAGAGUCCAUUUAUCUCGAACUGCAAGACCCAGAAGGUGGCGUUGCCAUUGGGUCGCCUUCCUCCAUGGAGGUGCGCAUCGCUGCCAACGACAACGCCUACGGCACCAUCUCCUUUGCUGCCGAUUCUGAGACUGUGACCGUCGUCGCGUCCGAAACAGACUCGGUUCAGGUGACGUUGAACGUGACGAGGACUGGCGGCACGAUUGGCAAGGUUCGUGUGAGAUACAGUACAGUCUCAGGAGGCGUUGCGGGUGUUGGUCCCGCCUCGAGCGGUGUCGACUAUACUGCGAUUACUUCGAACGAAUUUGUCAUGCUGGCCGGCGCCUCGACGGCUCAGAUUACAGUCACAAUCCUCGCCAACAACCUUCCGACGUUGGAUGUUGGCUUCCUUGUGUUCAUUGAGCACGUGGAGAUUGAAGAAGAUGUGAUUAUCGUGUUUCGACGUGGCAACGACAAACCAGACAUUGGUUCACGCAAUGCCUCCGCGAUUACGAUUGCUGCGCACAACGACCCGAACGGUGUGUUUGAGUUUGCGACGACUGGCGCGAUCGUUCAGUCGACCAGCGGCACGUACACGCUCAUCGUGCGACGCACGGGUGGCACAAUUGGCACUGCAUCGCUGAGCGCUACGGCGUCGGUGUCUGGCCAACAGUAUCCGAUUGAUUUGGUCCAGGAUGCGUCGCUCGCGUCGCCUCUGGCUGUGUCGUUUGGCGACGGUAGCUCGCAGGCAUCUGCAAUCAUCACGAUUGUGAACAACGGGCUCCCUCGUGUCACGUCGACGGCGGUCAUCACUCUGUCCAUUGGCAGCGCCGGUGCUUACGGCCGUCUUGGCACGAACACGACGUUCACACUGACCAUCCCUGCCCACAACAACCCGCACGGUAUCGUGUCGUUCGGUGCGACGUCGCAAUCUGUUUCGUUGGUCUCGUCGACAUCUUCGGCAGUGACUGUGCAGCUCAAUGUGACGCGUACUGGCGGUAGCAUCGGAGCACUGACGGUCCUGUACAACACUGUUUCUGGUGGUGUUUCCGGUGUCGCUUCGGCCACUGCUGGAACGGACUACGUUGCUGUCGCUUCAGGCUCGCUCUCGCUUGCGGAUGGUGUUUCCAGCGGCAGCAUUGUGAUUACUCUGCCUGCCAACAGCAUUCCUACCUUGGACGUUGGUUUCCAGGUGCUGUUGUCGUCUGUUUCGCUGACGUCGCUUAUCGGCACUGGCGCAGUCCCCACGCUCGGCUCGGGUGCUGCUGCUCAAGGCAACAUUACGAUUGCUGCGCACAACGACCCGAACGGCGUGUUUGAGUUUGCCACGACUGGCGCGAUUGUGCAGUCGACCAGCGAGUCCUACACGCUCGUUGUGCGACGCACCGGUGGCACGAUUGGCACUGCAUCGCUGAGUGCUACAGCUUCGGUGUCUGGCCAACAGUAUCCGAUUGACUUGGUUUUGGAUGCAUCGCUCGCGUCGCCAUUGUCUGUGACGUUCGGCGAUGGUAGCUCGCAAGCAUCCACGUUCAUCACGAUUCUGAACAAUGGGCUCCCUCGCGUCACUUCCACGGCGGUCAUUACCCUGUCCAUCGGCAGCGCCGGCGCUUAUGCCCGUCUUGGUACCAACACGACGUUCACGCUGACCAUCCCUGCUCAUAACAAUCCACACGGUGCUGUUUCUUUCGCCGCCGGAUCUCAGGCGUUGACGGUGGCCCCGUUGGCUGGCGCAGCUUCUUCCAUUCAGCUCAACCUGACUCGUACUGGUGGCAGCAUUGGCACUCUCGUUGUGACCUACCAAACGUCUGCUGGAGGUGUUGCUGGUAUUGAGGCAGCGACAGCCGGUGAGGACUUUACUCCCAUUGUCGCUGCGACUGUGACCAUUCCUGCUGGCAGUGCUUCUGCGUUUGUGAUGGUGACCAUCCCCUCCAACGUUGCUCCUGAGCUCGACCGCGGUUUCCAGGUCUUGUUGACGAAUGUCGCUGUUUCUGACCUUACGAACACUGGCGCUACACCAUCUCUCGGCAGUGGUGCUGCAUCGAUGAGCAACGUGACUCUUUCUGCGCAGAACGAUCCCAACGGCGUGUUUGAGUUUGCUGUGACAUCGGUUGUCGCAGAUUCGACCAGUGGAUCCUAUCUCCUGGUGGUGCAUCGCUCUGCUGGCACAGUUGGAGCGGCAGUGCUCACUGGCACAGCUUCCGUUUCCGGACAGCAGUAUCCUCUUGACUUGGAGCAAGACGUUUCGCUCACUACGCCUCUCGUCUUCAAUUUUGCGGACGGCGCAACGACUGCGUCUGCUAGCAUUGUGAUUGUCAACAAUGGACAGCCUCGCGUGUCGUCUACCGCUGUCCUCACAUUGGCCAUUACGAGUGCUGGGUCGUACGCACGCUUGGGUGACAACACGACUGUCUUGUUCACCAUCCCUGCCCACAACAACCCGCACGGCACAGUGUCGUUCGGUGCGACGUCGCAAUCUGUUUCGGUGGCCUCUUCGACAUCUUCGGCUGUGACUGUUCAGCUGAACGUGACGCGCACUGGCGGUAGCAUUGGAGCGUUGACGGUCCUGUACAACACUGUUUCUGGCGGUGUUUCCGGCGUUACUUCUGCGACGGCUGGAACAGAUUACGUUGCCGUCGCUUCAGGCUCGCUCUCGCUUGCGGACGGUGUUUCCAGCGGCAGCAUUGUGAUUACUCUUCCUGCUAACAGCAUUCCUACCUUGGACGUUGGUUUCCGAGUGUUGUUGUCGUCCGUUUCGCUCACGUCGCUUGUCGGCACUGGAGCAGUCCCCACGCUCGGCUUGGGUGCUGCCGCUCAAGGCAACAUUACGAUUGCUGCGCACAACGACCCGAACGGUGUGUUUGAGUUUGCGACGACUGGCGCGAUCGUUCAGUCGACCAGCGGCACGUACACGCUCAUCGUGCGACGCACGGGUGGCACAAUUGGCACUGCAUCGCUGAGCGCUACGGCGUCGGUGUCUGGCCAACAGUAUCCGAUUGAUUUGGUCCAGGAUGCGUCGCUCGCGUCGCCUCUGGCUGUGUCGUUUGGCGACGGUAGCUCGCAGGCAUCUGCAAUCAUCACGAUUGUGAACAACGGGCUCCCUCGUGUCACGUCGACGGCGGUCAUCACUCUGUCCAUUGGCAGCGCCGGUGCUUACGGCCGUCUUGGCACGAACACGACGUUCACACUGACCAUCCCUGCCCACAACAACCCGCACGGUAUCGUGUCGUUCGGUGCGACGUCGCAAUCUGUUUCGGUGGUCUCGUCGACAUCUUCGGCAGUGACGGUGCAGCUCAAUGUGACGCGUACUGGCGGUAGCAUCGGAGCACUGACGGUCCUGUACAACACUGUUUCUGGUGGUGUUUCCGGUGUCGCUUCGGCCACUGCUGGAACGGACUACGUUGCCGUCCCUUCAGGCUCGCUCUCGCUUGCGGAUGGUGUUUCCAGCGGCAGCAUUGUGAUUACUCUGCCUGCCAACAGCAUUCCUACCUUGGACGUUGGUUUCCAGGUGCUGUUGUCGUCUGUUUCGCUGACGUCGCUUAUCGGCACUGGCGCAGUCCCCACGCUCGGCUCGGGUGCUGCUGCUCAAGGCAACAUUACGAUUGCUGCGCACAACGACCCGAACGGCGUGUUUGAGUUUGCCACGACUGGCGCGAUUGUGCAGUCGACCAGCGAGUCCUACACGCUCGUUGUGCGACGCACCGGUGGCACGAUUGGCACUGCAUCGCUGAGUGCUACAGCUUCGGUGUCUGGCCAACAGUAUCCGAUUGACUUGGUUUUGGAUGCAUCGCUCGCGUCGCCAUUGUCUGUGACGUUCGGCGAUGGUAGCUCGCAAGCAUCCACGUUCAUCACGAUUCUGAACAAUGGGCUCCCUCGCGUCACUUCCACGGCGGUCAUUACCCUGUCCAUCGGCAGCGCCGGCGCUUAUGCCCGUCUUGGUACCAACACGACGUUCACGCUGACCAUCCCUGCUCACGACAACCCCUUCGGAACUGUUUCGUUCUCCUCGGAUAGCCAAGCUUUGUCGCUUCAGCAGUCGGCCUUUUUGCUGACCUUGAACAUCACGCGCCAAGGCGGCACGUUUGGCGACAUUGAUCUCGUCUUCUCCACUCGCAACCCAACCAAUGCAGGGCUCUUACCUGCGGUCCCUUCGGUCGAUUACCAACCUUUGUCGUCCGUUACUCUUCGCCUCGUGAGCGGCCAGUCUCGCUCGUUUGUUAGCGUGAUGAUCUUGGCGGACACCACUCCAAGCUUUGACGAAGCUUUCGAGGUUGUGCUGGUCAGCGUUUCCACCCCUAGCCAGUCGGCUGGUGCGGUGCCCUCGGUUGGCGUGAACAAUGUUGCGCUGGUCACGCUGCUCAGCCAUCACUAUCCCUCGGGUGUGUUUGCCGUUGCAACUCCCAACCUUUUUGGCAUUCAGAGCGGCGAAUCCAUUCCCGCCAGCUUUGUUCAGCAAGUUCAAUCUGGCAGUGUCGUUGUGGUUGUUCAGCGCGGGGCUGGUGCACUGGACGAGGCUGUCGUUUCAUGGACCUUGUCGCCUCCUUCAUCGCGCCUCUCGCCGACUUCCGGAGCCUUGGUGUUUGCUGCAGGACAGCGGGAAGCCCAGGCUGUGCUGUCGAUUGUCGCCUCGCCCGUUCCAGCCGUCUCAUCGACUAUCGAUUUCAGCAUCUUUUCCGUCACUCCUGCGGUUACCUCGUUGUUGAACACUUCUGCAGCUCUGUCGCGAGUUGUGAUUGUCGGAAAUGGCGAUCCGUUUGGUGUGUUUACGCCCCAAGAUGCGCGUGUGACUGUCGCCACGGGUGCUCAGACCGUCACCGUGGUGAUCAAUCGAUCGCAAGGCGCUCUUGAACCGAUCGAAGUCCGCUAUAGUACUGCUGUCAUCCCGAAUGUCGAUCGACGCGAGAUUGCCUUGCGACCCGCGCUUGCUGAUGUUGAUUUUGUCCCCGUGACCAACCAAAAGUUGACGUUUGCUGCCGGUCAAACCAGUGCCAGCGUUCAGAUUGCACUGCUUGGAUCAUCUCGCCCGCACUUGGCUCUGGGCUUCAAAGUGGUUUUGGUCUCGGCUCAGCGUGUUGGCGAGCUGUCGAGCACUGUCCCCACGCCAGGCGGCAUGCUGUCAUCGUGGGACUCGCUUACGUCUCCCAGGAUUUCAGCCGACCCUGCGACGAUGGUCGUCAUCCCCGCAUCGAAUGCACCUACCGGAUCUUUUGUGUUUGACACCUCCAGCACUUCCGUGCAAGUCUCGAACACCUCAUCGUCCGUGUCUGUUCGUGUUUCUCGUUUGGGUGGCUCGACUGGGUCUGUCACGCUCGGCGUCAACGCGAGCAGCUUUGAUGCUCGACCCAGUGUCGAUUUCAAGCUCAUCACAACAACGUUGACCUUCGCUGCUGGUGACACCAGCGCCAAUGCUACGAUUUCGAUCUUGGCUGCUGCUUUCCCCAAGGCUGCUCAGACCAUUACCCUGAAACUGAGCGUGCUCACGACGAUGGUAGAUGGCUCCGUUGUGGUUUUGCCAGAUCCGGUGGCGUUGUUGGGCUCCCCGUCCACCUCGUUGCUGCUCCUCAGCCAGUAUGGACGACCUGGCGUUUGUGAGAGCCAGACUGUUGGCAACUAUUCUUGGCCAGAGACGCUUGCUGGAGGCUCGGCGAUCGUGCCUUGCGAGUUUGGUUUUGUCGGGAAUGCGUCACGCCAGUGUCUCAGCGGCCAGUUGGCGCUGUGGGCAACAGCCGACGUGUCCGGCUGUCGAGACGUCCAGUCGUUGCUCAGCGACCUCCUGUCCGUUCCUGUCACGGAAGACUCUUUGCAACUUCUCGCCGAAAACGCCAACACCAUGUCGACCCAAGUGGGCGCAUUGGACGAAGGCGCACUGGGAUCGCUUGCGACCUUGCUCUCGGAGAUGAGCGCUGUCGGUGCUUCUGCGGGUUGGCCUGGACAGUCUAGCUACAACAUGAUGAGCGUGUUUGAUAAUCUGCUCGGCAGUUCGAGUGCUGGCCUGGCGGCGUACCAAGGAGGCAACAGCGGGGCGAACAAUCUUGCCAACGUUCUGACAAACUUUGGAUACUCCUUGCUCGGACCAAGCCCUACAGCUGGCACGACUGUGACGCGCUCUGGCGAAAACGCCAUCAUCUCGGCGAGUGCCGUGAGUGUGGGCUCGGACGCCAACUUUACGACUUCAUCUGGUGGCAACUUCUCCCUGCCCGGGUCUCUUUUCGACAUGCUCAACGGCCAGGAAGUGCAGGGAUUGUUCGCGGUCAGCUUUGCUCUCUACCAAACAUCCGACCUGUUCCCCGCAGUCAACCAAACCAACUCGGCAGUCUCGAAUGUGAUCUCGGCCUCCGUUCAGGGCCGCGAAGUGUACAACCUGACUGAACCCGUCACGUUUGUGAUUAGCCAUGCACCUCUCCCCACUCCACCGACUUGCACAUUCUACAACUUUGCUACUCAGCAAUGGGAUGCUGAGGGCUGCGUGACGUCAAGACUAUCGAGCACCUCGACGCAGUGCCAGUGUUACCAUCUGACCAACUUUGCUCUCUUCUUCAGUCUUGGCGACGAUGAAAUUGACUCGAUCAGCGCAGACAUUCUCUCGAACAUUACGUACAUUGGCUGUGCGCUCUCCAUCUUUGGCACGGUGGUGACCUUCAUGACGUUUGUUCUGCUCAAGACCCUGCGCACGUUUGCCAUGAAGUUGGUCAUGCAUCUGUGCGUGGCCGUGUUUGGCAUCAACGUGGUCUUCCUUGCGGGUGCCACUCAGACCGGCAACCAGGACCAGUGCAAGGCGACAGGAAUCUUCUUGCACUUCUUCUUGCUGUGCUCGUUCUGUUGGAUGCUGUCGCUUGGCGUCAACUUGUACCUGGGUAUUGUGCGUCUCAACACUGACACGUACAUUUACUACAAGCACAUGUUGAUUGCUUCUUAUGGUGUACCCACCCUCAUCGUUGUCAUCACCAUGGCGGUGGACAUUGACAAUUAUGGCGGCACAGAGGCUUGCUGGAUCCAAGACCAGAACGCAUUGAUCGGUGCCUUCUACGUUCCCGUGCUGCUCGUCAUCGCGGCCAACAUUUUCAUGUUUAUCAAGAUUGUCAUUGCCUUCCAGCGUGCCGCCAAGGAUCGCCGCAUUCUCGGCGCGGAGGAGCGCAACAAUUUGCGCGUCCUCGUGACCAUCUUCCUGAUGUUGGGCAUUACCUGGGUCUUUGGUGUUUUGGCGAUCGACUCUGCCACGACGGCGCUUCAGUACCUGUUUGUCAUCUUCAACAGUUUCCAGGGCUUCUUUAUCUUUGUGUUUUACUGUCUCAACCAGCGCGUGUUGCAAGCGUACAGGGCAACUCUUGGAGGUCGCUUCCCGUUCUCGUACAUUUCCUCGCUCGCUGCUCGCACAUCGCAAACGAGUGCCGGCUCGAGCUCGGCCGCGACCGCGGCAAGCUCUGUCGGCGAACGUCCGGCAUCGUCCACCUCAUCGUACUUCUCUUCCCUGCCGACGACCUCCAAAGAGGCUGGGUAUGCAAGCGGGACAUUCUCGAGUACCACUGACAGUAUGCACGAUGGAGGCGAGUCGGGCACCCAAAGCCACUCGUCUGGCGGCCGCGGUAGCAAGGAGGCGCGCCGCGUAGCGACUCUUCCAGGCUCCGCCACUGGCACCGCGCUUGACAAUAGCUUUGUUCGUCAAAGUGAGGCUGCGUUCACUGGCCUCCGGCGCCAACUGGAUGCCGAUCGUGCUGCUUCCCCUUCGCGUCUCCCGGCAAGCCUACCUACCACAGCGCACCCCUCCACGGCGAUCGAAAUGCAACAGAUUGUUGCUCCUCGCCCCGUUGCUGUGCAACCGGCUGUCUCUACGCGACCCGCACGAACACUCUCUCCCCGUGAUUUGAAGCGACUCGAUACCAUUGACUUUUCCAAUGUCUAGAGUGCUUUUGUUUUUGUGAUUUUUCUCUCUUUGUUGUUUGAUUUGAACCCUUUGUAUUUCUCUCAGGACUUUUUUUUUUCGUCUUCGAUGUUUUUGUGGUGGUUGAAUUUGAUAUUGUUUUGUCUGAGUGUAUUUGUUUCGUGUUUGCUGUUUGCAUUUUUUGCUUUGCUUUGUUCGUUUGUUGCACCGUUGUG